AUGGUUGCUGCUGCUGCGUCGCUUCCCGGCGGGACGGCCGACGCCCCUGCCAUCGAUCCUUCCCUCGCGUCUGCUGGUGAGCCCGACGAGGUCGUAGAUGAUGACAGCUUCAGCGAUGCCUACGGCGAAGAGACAGAGGACGUGGCCGUAGAGCCGCCGCGGCAGGAGCUCGUCGACAACAACGACGACUACGCCAAGACGUUUGACUCUCCUAUCGGCCCCGAGGAGGGGGAAGACCAAGAUGUAUCAUCAGUACCACGAGAAUCCAACGAGAUCUCAUCAUCAUCCAUUAUAGCCGAGCAUUUGACUAGUCGCCCAUCAGACGUCUCUCAUCCCGCUGCUGAUCCAUCCGCGUCUGCUGCUGUCCCAGCUGCUGCUCAGAACCCAUCUCUCUCUACCGCACAGCCCGCAGCCGGCCCUGAGUCCGCCAUGUCGCAGUCGAGCGAUGCACCCUCUCCCAUCCAGUCCGUGGCUCAGUCCACGCCGCCCGGAGCUGGCCCUGCCAGGCGAGCCUCCGAGGCCUCUUCAUCCCUUGACAUCCAACAGCUCGUGGCCGACCUCACUGCCCAUCCCGCUGAGUCCGGCCCAGAGAACCCUGACCCAACGCCGGCUCCUCGCGCGACGGCUGAUGUCCCGGAGGCAUCCAACCCAAUCCCCUCAACCACUACUGCCAACACUACCACAAUUCCUACUGCUCUGCCAUCUUCCUCGUCUCUCCCGCCGCGCCCUCCCCUGCCGCAAGCCGCUCCCCCAUCGUAUGCUUCUUCGCACCAUCCUCCCGGAGCCAAUUCCAAUGUCUCAGGAGGCGCCGGCGCUCCCUCCACUUUUACUCAUGCUGAUGCGGACUAUCAGCGACAGUGGGAUCAGUUCAUGGCCGAUGAGCGACAGUACAUGUCGGAGGCCAAUUUCUCGUGUUGCUUCCCAUUUCCAACCUUCCAAGUGUAUACGCGCUCGUACAUGCUAAUGAUUCCUGUAGGAAAUCUUUCCAGCGACAAGGUUUCAAAGCGUGAUGUGUUUGACAUAUUCCACAAAUAUGGUAGGCUGGCCCAGAUCUCUCUCAAGUCGGCGUAUGGCUUCGUUCAGUAUCACACUGUCGAGGAAGGCCGUAACGCUCUGGAACACCUCCAGGGCAUGGAAGUGAAAGGCCGGCGCAUUCAUUUGGAAAUCUCCCGGCUCCAGGAUAAGUCCAAGAAGGAAAGAAACCGUAGUUCGGAACGGACUCGAGGACGCGAGACUGGCCGUAGAGGGGAAAAGUUCCGUGACGAUAACCGACCACCGCGCAAUCACUCGCCUCGUCGCAACGAAUACUAUGGUAGAGCAGAUAGGGGCAACAGGACCGAUGCCUACGGCCGCGACCGAGGAUACUACGACUCGGACAGAGACCGUGGCCGCUCGCGAUCUCCCAACGGGUAUGCCAGAAACGACAAGGACUCUUACCGCAGGAGAAGCCCCAGCCCCUACAAUCGGGCGCGGCAUGAGCCGGAGCUUGAUCUACCGCGCCGAUACGGUGCAGACGUUCCAGACGUGCAAAUCAUUAUGCAGCCAGACGUUAACCGGGACUUUGGCACUUGGGUCGAGGGAGCCUUCAAGGCCAAAGGACUGAGGACCAACGUCAUGUAUCUUCACCCGCGGUUUCCAAAGGACCAGGUCAUCCAACGACAGGCGGCCGAGGGUGUGCACGGGGUUGUAGACCUGGAUGUCCGCGCCCAGAGCGUGGGCCGGAUCCCCGUUCACUCAUUCGAUCGGUCUGGCGGCAUCCACAACGUCCGCUUCGAGCAAUACGUCGACCUGGAGCCCAGCACAGCGGCCGAGGUCAUCCUGCGAGCCAAGGCAUCUGGCACAGCGGGCUACGGCCAGCCAUAUGGAGGAGGCGGCGGAUAUGCCGCGCAGACGCAGCAGUAUGGUGCACAGGUCCCGCAACCCCCUCACGUAGCUGCGUAUCCUGGUCUGCAGCAGCCCGGCUCGUAUCCACCGCAGCCCACGCCAUCAGCCGCCGACCUCGCGGCGCUCAUCGGCCAGGUGGACAACAACACGCUGCAGAGGCUCCUGUCCACCAUUCAGGCCGGAUCUGCGGGAGCCAUGCCCGGCGGACUAGCUAAGCCGGCUGCGCCAGCGGCCAAUGCACACGCGCCAGUUGAUCUCCAGGCGAUACUGGGCUCUCUUGGCGGAGGAGCAGCACCGCAGCAGCACCAUGGAGCGCAUCCCCAGAUGCCGUACGGCGUGCCCUACGGUGGUGGCCAGCAUGCACCCGUCCCUCCCGUGGGUGUUGCACCGCAGGCCGCAGGCACCGGCGACGCAGCGACUCAGGUGCAGAACAUCAUGGCCCAGCUGGCUCGUUAUCGCCAAUAA